GUCUCUGCCUGGCUCCGGCGGCCGGACCCCAUCGGCGGUCACUCCCACGAGCUCCAGAUCGAACUUUGCAUGGGAGGAUGAGAAGCAGAGCGGGACCUUGUUCCAAGUGGAGGACGACGCCGAGCAGCCGCUUCUGCCACAUAGCCUGCCCGAAGAUUGGAACGACGAGAGCAAGGUCACUGUGCACCGAGGCCCCUUGGGCUUUGUUGAG